GCACGGAGCCCCAUUCUUGUAUCAGCACUGACACUUGGCCUUUUCCAGGCUCCCAGGAAUGCUGCUGGCUGCCCUACACCUCUAUGCGUGAGCCAGCAGAGGAUGGAAGCGACCGGCAUCAGCUGGGCCAAGGAUCCUUCGUCAGGUGCUGGGAUAUCACCCCCCUGAAGACGGGAUUUACAAAUGGGCUCAUGAGCAGAACGUGCAACACGGGCCUCUGUGCUGCCGGACCCCUCGUGCAGUGCUGCAGGGCCGCCGUGGGACAAACAGAGGCUGUCUGCAGCACCUCGUCCACUUAACUCGUCUGUGAACCUUUCCAUGGAGAAGCUGUGCUGUGCUCCCUGCGGAUGCUGGUCUGGGGCAGCGGUGUGCUGUGUGUGGCCGUGGAGCUGCCUGCCUGUGGUGUGGGCGCUGAGCUGUGUGUGACCCCACUCCCAGGCACGGCUGCUGCAGCUGAUCCUGGAGCCGUGCAACCCUGUCCCCAAGGACAAAUGCCAGCUGCCAGACUCUUCUCAGGAGAUGCAGGAGCAGCCUGCAAGGCACCAGCGCUGACUGCUCUUGAACUAGCAGCAGGCGGCCCGGGACACCUGUAGUUGCAGACGAGACUGCAGCCAGCUGGAACAGGAGGUGUCCAGCUGCAGGAUGUGGCAUGCUGCAGGGAUGGGGACGCUGCAGUGACCAGUGAGUCCCACGCUGCCAAUGUUGACUUUACUCCUCCUCUUCCCAUAAGGAUGCCAAUUGCCUGUCCAAAAUCUGCAGCUCAUGCAGCCUCCUAGAGUGCGAUGGCAAAGGGUCUGCAGGGCUGCUGCUGGACCAUGCUGCUGCUGCUCUGUGCCAUCCAGGAGCUGGGGGCCUGGGCCGUGCACACUGCGGCAGAGGGUCCUGACCUGGGGCAGCCGGGGGAUCCCACACUGCUGGCCGGCGGGCGAGUGAAGCGUGGCUGGGUCUGGAACCAGUUCUUUGUGGUGGAGGAGUACACGGGCACAGAGCCACUGUACGUGGGGAAGAUCCAUUCGGACUCUGAUGAGGGGGACGGCUCCAUCAAGUACACCAUCUCCGGGGAGGGCGCGGGGACCAUCUUCCUCAUUGAUGAGAUCACAGGUGACAUCCACGCCACCGAACGCCUGGACCGGGAGCAGAAAACCUUCUACACACUGCGGGCUCAGGCCCGUGACAGGCAGACUGACCAGCUGCUGGAACCCGAGUCUGAGUUCAUCAUCAAGGUGCAGGACAUCAACGACAGCGAGCCGCGCUUCCUGGAGGGGCCCUACAUCGGCAGCGUGGCUGAGCUGUCCCCCAUUGGCACCUCUGUGAUGCAGGUGAUGGCUUCCGAUGCCGACGACCCCACAUAUGGGAGCAGCGCCCGCAUCGUCUACAGCGUGCUGGAGGGUGAGCAGCACUUCACCGUGGACAGCAAAACGGGUGUGAUCCGGACAGCCGUGGCUGACCUGGACCGUGAGACACAGGACCGGUACGAGGUGGUGAUCCGUGCCACGGACAUGGCGGGACAGCUGGGCGGGCUGUCCGGCUCCACCACCGUCACCAUCGUGGUCACUGAUGUCAAUGACAACCCACCACGCUUCCCACAGAAGAUGUAUCAGUUCAGCAUCGUUGAAACUGCCCCUGUGGGCACUGCCAUCGGGAGAGUGAAGGCAGAGGACUCUGACGUCGGAGAGAACACUGACAUGACCUAUCAGAUGAAGGACGAGGAAGGGGUGGAGAUGUUCAAAGUCACCACAGACAGCAAUACCCAGGAGGCUGUCAUCACCGUUCAGAAGCCUCUGGACUACGAGUCAAAAAAAGUGCACACCGUGGUGGUGGAGGCCCUGAACAAGUUUGUGGACCCACGGUUUGUGGACCUGGGAACCUUUCGGGACCAGACCAUCGUGCGGGUGUCUGUGCUGGACGUCGAUGAGCCCCCUGAGUUCUGGCCCCCCUCCAACACAAUGGAGGUCCAGGAGGAUGCUCACGUCGGCUCUAUCGUGGGGGUGGUCACCGCCCUCGAUCCGGACACAGCGAACCACCCUGUGCGGUAUGCCAUCGACCGCAGCACGGACACAGAGAGGAUCUUUGACAUCGAUGCCAACACAGGUGCCAUUGUGACAGGAAAGGUCCUGGACCGGGAGACAGCGGGAUGGCACAACAUCACCGUCCUGGCAAUGGAAGCAGAUAAUCAUUCGCAGGUGUCGAGAGCCUCUCUGCGCAUCCGCAUCCUGGAUGUGAAUGACAACCCUCCUGAGCUCGCCACCCCCUACGAGGCUGCGGUGUGUGAGGAUGCCAAGCCAGGCCAGCUGAUCCAGACAAUCAGCGUUGUGGACCGUGAUGAGCCUCAGGGUGGUCAUCGUUUCUACUUCACGCUGGCACCCGAAGCCACCAACAACCACCACUUUUCUCUGCUGGAUGUUAAGGACAACACAGCUGCGGUGCACACGCAGAGAGUGGGCUUCAAUCGCCAGGAGCAGGAUGUGUACCUGCUGCCCAUUUUGGUGGUGGACAGCGGCCCCCCGGCCCUCAGCAGCACGGGAACCCUGACCAUCCGGGUCUGUGGCUGUGACAGCACUGGGGCCAUCCAGUCCUGCAACAGCACUGCCUACGCCAUGUCAGCAACGCUGAGCCCCGGCGCCCUCAUCGCACUGCUGGUGUGCAUCCUCAUCCUGGUCGUGCUGGUGCUUCUGAUCCUCACGCUGAAGCGACACCACAAGAGCCACCUGACGUCCGAGGACGACGAGGACAUGAGGGACAAUGUCAUCAAAUACAACGACGAAGGAGGGGGCGAGCAGGACACGGAGGCUUACGACAUGUCCGCCCUGCGCAGCCUCUACGACUUCAGUGAGAUCAAAGGCGGGGACGGGGGCGGGGGGCCGGGAGAGGGGGGAAACCCGGCCUCUGAGCGCCAUGCCCUCCCGCAGUGGGUGCAGAGCCCGGACCUGGACUUCUCCGUGUUCAGAGACUACAUCUGCAGGAAGGUGGAGCAGGCGGACGAGGACCUCUCGGUGCCGCCCUAUGACUCGUUCCAGACCUACGCCUUCGAGGGCUCCGACUCUCCGGUCCCCUCGCUCAGCUCCAUCAACACGUGGUCCAGCGGCUCGGAGCAGGACUUCUCCUACUUGGGAGGCUGGGGGCCGCGGUUCCGGCAGCUGGCAGCGCUCUACGCGGGGCGCCGGGGCGAGGAGGACAGCGAGGAAUCCUAACGGCACCGCCGGACCCGCCGGGGGCAGUGGGUCGGGGGGCUGCGGCGGUGCCGGAGGGGCUGUGCCGUGGGACCGGGGGUCGGUGUGGGUGCUCCUUCGCGGUGCUCCCGGUCGGAGCUGUGCCACAACAACCGCGCCGGGUGCCCGCGGGAGCGCUGUGACCGUCAUAAUCUCCUUAAUGCUGAUCUCCGUUAAAGCACUGCACAUUAAUUUAAGAAAGGGAAAAAAUCUAAUUCGAGAGCAUUUGGAGGGGGGUUGUCCCCCACAAAUUGUCAUUUAAAUAGAUCUGUUCAGUGAGGCCCAUUCAGGAGGAGAAGAGCAAACCGGGAGCCUUUUGUUGUUUAAAUUGUUUUUGUCACUUGAGUCUCAGAGCAUUUGGAGCGCUUUGAUUCCUUUAAGAGCUUUCCUUGCAGAGGGGAACAAGCUUUUAAUUCUGUUCUGCUUUUUUUCGCUUACGUUUGCUCACUUUUUGGAGUCCUCUCUAUGCGCCCGGGAAGCUCACGCUGUGGCUCCGCGGGCUCAUCCUGCGCAGAGCGACUGCUGCUCGGGAGCUCACUCCAAAGCGCACUUUUCUGCUGAGCUGCAAUCGCUUCUCCUCUCAGCUCUUACACCUUUCCUGUGGUUGACCGAAUGGCGGUGACCGGAUGGGUCUCUCCUGCCAUCCUGCGCUGGAGGCACUGGCUGCAACAACAUCCCGGUGUGCCCCAUGGCCCCGUGGUGACAGAUGGGGACGUCCUGCUGCUGUGGGGGCACGGUGCUGUCCCAGCGGCGGUGCCCUGUGAGCGACCCAUAUGGGCCCCUGCAGCACAGCUGCUUUGCACGAACCCUCAGGUUCUGACAGGUGCACUGGGAGGAGGCAGGAGGGAUGUGUCGUUUUUCCUCAGCUGCAGAUGAUGCUGGAGGAAAGCGCAAUCUGUGGCUCCUUAUCUGUUCAUGUUGAAAACAAUCGAUGAUAUAACAGAUAGGAAACUGAUAAGGUCUACCAAGGUCUGACACAUCUUGGGCUUGUCAUUGGGUUUGUCCUUUUAGUUUAGCCACAGACAGUGUUUUCUAUCCUUGGAGAGGGUUUAAACGUAAAUGUAGAUGCGUGUUUGUUUUAUGCUGUUUUGCUUCCUGGCCACUGGUGUCAGCCCUCUGGCCUCAGCGUGACUCCCAGCAGCGGAGAGGUGCAGGGAUGCCCCUUCCCCACAGCCCCCAUCUGCACUGCUCCUCCCGUGGCCGCUGCGCUCAGCUUCCUGCAGGGCUGGGAACUGCUCACUGCUCAGGGUCCUCCGGUCCCUGCGAAGGAGGCUGCAGGCAGCCGCACUCGGCGUGCCACUGGUUCACUGUGAUGAUGCUGGAGAGGUAGCAGGGCUGAUGGGAAGUGAUGCCCUGAUUCCCGGAGCAGGAGAAUGGAGAAAGCCCUCUUUUUCCUCAGGAAUGUGUACUUGUUUUCCUUCUGGGCUAAAGAGCUGUGUCCAAGCCUCUCCGGAGCCGGCCUUUCCUUUAGCAAAAGUGUUGUGCAAUAGUAGGGCUCUGUCUGUAGGAGAUGGGGUCUGACAGGGUACGUGUUUAGCCACCUUCCCCUUGGGUUUUCCCCCAUCCUCAACCAGCCUGUCCUCCCACACGCAUGCACGCACGCUUGCGUCUUCAUUUCCAUCCCCCAUGUAAAUACACGGGGAGAGCAGGGCCCAGCAAAGCACUGCUCCGCUGCACCGCCGCGCUCAGCCCUCCCGUGACUGCAGGAGGAGCUGUAGCUGCCACAGUUCUCUAUCCAAACUAAAUUAGGAGGUUGAUUUUCUCACCCUUGUUAUU